AUGACGCAGCACAUGCACAAGCCGAAGCGGAACUUGUCCCGCGUGCCUGCACAGCCACGAGUUUUCAGUCAGCAUCUCGUGGCGCCUGCUGGAACAGAGUCCAUCGGGUACGAUGUGAAUGAAUCUGCUCAACAUGUCGACUACUUCGAGCGAGUUGGGCUCUUCAGCACGAAGUUCACACAAAGCAUGUGGCUGUCAUUCGGAGCAUUCCGCUGGAUCCUCCUGCUGGUCAUUGGUGCUGGAGCUGGUGCAGUGCCUGUUCCGCAGGUAAAUACAGGUAAUCAAGGCAAUGUGUGCACGAACAAACAUGUCCCGCGAGCGUUUCCGUGGCCGAGGAGGGUUGUGCAGAGUUCCAGUCACAAAGUCUCCAGGCAUCAGUUUUUCGACAGGCAGCAACCCAGAACAUUGAGCUUUUGUGGCAGUUCAUUUUGA